CGAACCAGCAUCGAAAGACGCACACGGGAUUUUAUUUUUAAUGUAAAGUGUUUCUUCUGGAAAGCAUGUAGGAAACACCGCUGGAUGCUGACGGCCACCUGAGGAUAAACGCUGCGCUUAUCUGAUUGGCUGACGGAAAGCUGGCAGCCGCGGUUUGCGCAUAUAAUGGGCAGCGGACGCGCUGAGAGCCGCCUUGGCGGUGCGAGUUUGCGACAAGUUGGAAGGAAGGAUGCAGCGCAAGUGACGGAGCCGCGGAGACGCCUGUUAGCAGCGCUGCAGACCCCCACCACCCCGCAAGAAGGACAAUCUUUUAACUCCAGUAAAGUCCUGUGAAAGCAUGUGGGUGCUGGACAAGAUCCGUGGAUCGGUGGAGAAUAACGUGCUGCGUCAGGGCGACGGUGGGGACAGGCAGGGCAAGGCCGCUGCCUACAGCAACGUCCUGACGCCAGACAAGAUCCCCGACUUCUUCAUCCCUCCCAAGCUGGUGAGUUGCCCCCCGGAGGUGGAGACGCUGGACGCCAAGCCUAAGGAUGUUCCGCAUCCCUCCACCUCAGAGCAGGCCAUCAGCGGCAAGAAGCCCCAGGGCAGCCCCCGGUUGGUCAGCAAGCUGGCAGGAGAUACCAAGAACCUCUUGAAGGCGGCCAAUCGCCACAUCAUCCAGAUCGAGACAGCGGAUGAAGCGGUGGCUGGGGACACCAAUGCCGAUCCUCAGUCUCAGACGGCCAUGUCCCUCCCCUACGUCCCGAAGACGCAGACGUCCUACGGCUUUGCCACUCUGAUGGAGAGCCCCCACACUCGCAGGAAGGAGUCCCUCUUCCACAGUGACCACACGAGUCCCGCCACUUCACCCAACUCCCAACGCAAAUCCGCAGGCAAGGGCGCCGCUGAAGGCAACCACCUGAACCCGGCGGACUUCAGCGCCGCUCACAUGAACCCGUACCGCUACUUCAGCGGCGGCGAGAGCGACACUUGCUCCUCGGCGGAAUCUUCGCCCUUCAGCUCCCCGCUGCUGUCCCGCUCCGCCUCGCUGCUCAAGAUCCUCACCCACGAGACGCAGGCCAAGGUGGUGAAAGCCAAACGGACCUUCGCCCGCCACAGCUCCCUGUCCACAGAUGAGUGCAGCUCUGCCGAGCCCAGUCCCUGUGUCCAGCGCCGGAUCCACUGUCCCAUGGCUCCCGGUGGGGACCACCUUCCGGGCCCAGACCGGCAGCACCGGGAGCACACGGUGAACCUGCACAAGGGCGGCAACCUGCGCCUCUGCACCGACUAUGAUCCCGGUGCCGCCCGUCUGCGGAUCCGUGUCCUGGCGGCCGAAGACUUGUACGACAAGCUGUUCGACACGAAGAGCAUCAACUGCUGCGUGGCCAUUUACCUGAACCCAGGCAAGCUGCAGAAGCAGAGGAGCACCAUAAUCAAGAAUAGCCGCAACCCCAUCUUCAACGAGGACUUCUUCUUUGACUCUGUGCCUUCCUCCCAGUUGAAGAACCUGGCCAUCAAGAUCAAGGUGGUCAACAAGGGCACCAGUCUGAAGAGGGAUCUUCUGCUGGGGGAGAGGGAGAUCCCACUGGUGAAGCUCCUCUCGGGACUCUAGGUGUGUCGAUACCCCGGGACAGGACAUAUUGACCUGGUUCUCCUUAGAUCUGCCCAGCUGGUCAUAGGAUCAAAGGAACUUUCUAGUUAUGUAAGCUUACAUUUUCAAGAGAGUUUAUGUUUAACUGAUCAAAACACAAGUCAACGUUUUAAGACACAUGCAUGCUGUACUCUGUAUUUCAUACAGUUUAUUGAAUCUAUUUUUUGGACGCAAUUUGCCACAGCCAACAGUGAUGACCGAAUGCGUGUGUGCAAUUCGUUCUCGUUGAAACAAAUUCUUUGAACAUUGAGGCCCUUUGAUGUCUCAUUGUAAUCUGAUGUGCAAAUGCAAGCUUCGAUUGUGAUCACAACCUCUGAUUUUGGAGGAGGGUGGGUGGCGUAUCAAAAACCAACCACUGGAAACCUGGAGAACAGUUUAACGAUGUCACUGUCUUAAUCUCCUUCAGCGUUUUGGGAGCCUGCGAGUGGGACUCGUUAUGCCUGCCUCUUAAUCUAAAUCUGAUUCAGCUUCUAUCAGUUUGACUAGUAGUUACCUGAUUAUCUGAGUGUUAUUACAGAAUAUGAAUAAUGUCACCCAUAAGCCUUACUAAACAGCACAUUUGUACAUUGUUUCAUUAUGUUGCAUCAAAAAUAUUUUCAUUUAAUCUGUAUAUGUUUAAACUGUAUAUAAUGUAUGUCACCUCAGUUUUUCCACCAAAAAUAUAAAGUAGCUGUCCAACAUUUCGGGGAUUUUAAUCUUAUUUUUCUGCCUUUAUAAACUGUAUCUGUGGAGCAUUCCACAAAGCUUCUUGGAUGUGAUUUUUUUUGUGAUAUAUUUUUUGUGCUUUUGACUUUAUAGCUGAUUGACUUCCUUAAAUAUACUAUUUUUAGUAUGAAGUUGGUUUAGACCGAUGUCUGCUCUGCCCAAAGGAGAUGAGUAAGCAUGUAAAAAUAGAAGCUAAUGAGGGUAUUAUUGUUGGUUAGUUUCAUUUUUCAUUCUGCCCUGUAAUCAAAUUAUUUCUAACAAAUCUCUGGCCUUAGGUGGCCAGCGGGUCUCACUUUUAUCUCCGUCGCUCACAUAUUCAUCACCUCCUGGGGACGUGGCAGACAGCUUUAACUUAUUGUGGCCAUUUGCUGAGGAGAACUGGUCCCCCCGUGAGUUGGUGCUAACGUGUCCUUACAGGAGGGUGAGGCACUAAUAAGUAGCUUGACAGAGGUUUGAAUCGGAGGAAAGAUCACCCGCUGCUUUUGUUUGUCCUGCCAAAUCCUGGAUUGUCACAUUCAGGUUAUUUUAGGUCAUAAGAAUCAUCAGCUGGAACAGUAUUUGUCGGUAGUGUGUGUCGGGAUGGAAAUUCUCGUUCGACAGAGCCACGAGCAGAUGUGAAGCUUGUAUCUUCAUCAUGAAGGCUGCUCUGCUCCACGCUUAGUGUUGUGUGCUGUGAUUGGUUCCUGCUUAAGGGGCUCUUAUUUCCGUGAAACAUCCAUCAAAAUAAAUCAAGUACAGUCAGGUGAACCUAUGAUGUGUUGAACUUCAGGUCAUCUCCUCAGUGUGGUCGUGAUCAUUACACCUAUGAUACACUGAGCUGUACUCUGUAUAUUAAGUUUAAAAAGAAUGUUGUUUUUUAAAAAAGUGCCUGUAUGUAGGGUCAACUUUUAAUGGUAGCAGUGAAAAACUAAUGGUCUUAGAAAGAGUGGCUUAGGUAGACUGUGUACCGUAUAGUAAAGUCUUUGUACUGACUAACACACUCACAUGAUUCCUGCUUAUAUCUGACUUGCCUUCUGAUUCUUACUCACACAUGACUGUAGCAUGCAUGCACGCUAGGGUCCUCUUAAAAAUAAGUAGUUCAGACAUUAAUCAGGCGAGAUGUCACACUGUUUGAUGACUUUUGCUAUUUGAUGUGCCAUGGCAGACAUAUUACAGGGAAAGGCUGCCGUUUUGAUUGGCAUUCUCUUAAAACAGCACCGUGUGCCAUAAAAACAAGCCUGUAGUUUACGUGACAAUCUAGCUUUGCUGAACCAAAUUAGAGUAAAUGCAAUUACAUGCUUGGAAAUCUGUAAUGAAAUCUAAUUAAACACUGGCCUGAAAUCUCAUCUUAACUGUAUGCUGUCUUAUAUAUUUGGACAAAGAUCUGAUUUGUAGUGUCCCUACACAUAAUCCAUAAUGUGUGUUCAUGUGACUUUUUACCUCGUUAAUUAGAAAUUUAAACAUCCUGCUGUAUUUUGAUUAGCCUCAGCAGUACAGGUUGUGAUUCACAGUUUAUACUGAAAUGAUGCAUGGUGCGCUGACUGUGCUAAUAUUUUUGUCUGCCUACAGAUUAAUAGAUAUUUAUGCAAAGUAUACUGGAUAUUUAAUUACUCGAGGGCAUAGGUAGAAAUGUCACACCGAAAAAGAACUUUUGUACAUUUAUUGGAAGGAAAUACCAAAGUUCUUGAAUAUAGGGUGCGUCCUUAUACACUGAAAUGACCACAUUUUACCUGAUGAGGUAGACAUUUGUUCUUCUGAAGGUUAUGUCUGAAGAAGUUAAACAAGAUCUCAACGCUACAGUUCUAUUGUAAAAUGAAUGUCCAUUUGCUAGAUUGUAACGUCUGUAGGUAUGUGUGAGGUCCAUGCCAACACACUCUAAUGGGUUAUUGAUGUACUUUUCAGACUGUGAUUGUAUGUGAUACCUUGAUUAAAAGCA